CGUUUGGGUUCAGGAGUCAUUGGUGAGGUUUGGGGUUCUGGGAAGAGACGCACAACCUAAGACAGGAUGAAGACUCUGCUGCUGAUGAUGAUGAUGGCUUUGGCCUUGAUAUCUACCACUGCACAAAAGGCUCGAAGUCAUUUCACACGUUACCGCUCAUGGAACUCACGCAUGUACCCCGUGUGGAAGGAGGGAGACCCAAGAUUCAGAAACUGUUGGUCUGGUGGUCCAGUUACGUUUAAUCUCAAGAACGAUGCGCCCACACUGCUUGGAGCAAAAUCAACCUUUAGUAUUAAUCUUAAUUUCCCUCCAAACCAAACUGCGCUUGCUGAUGGGCAGGUGGUCUGGGCACGUAACUGCACAGUUGAUGGGCAACAGUAUCAGGCGGGCCAGGCUGUGUAUCCAGCCCAAAGCAAUGAGUUCAAUUGGGUGUUCCCUGAUGGCACGCCUUUCACCUGGACCCGGGACAGGAAGCCCCACUAUGUGUAUGUUUGGAAGACAUGGGGUAAGUACUGGCAGGUGGCAGACGGGCCCUCCUCCUCGCUCGCCAUCUCAACAGACGGUCUCUCCCUGGGCUCCUACAGCAUGGAGGUUGUCAUCUAUCACUGCCGUGGAAAAAACAAGUUUAUCCCCCUCGGCUAUGCCUCCACGGUCUUCACAAUCACGGACCAAGUUCCCUUUACUGUAUCCCUGGCUCAAGUCAAUGACAUAAACCAAGACGACUCAAACUUCAUCCAGAACCGCGCCGUUGCUUUCAGCGUCAACCUUCAUGAUCCCAGCCAAUACUUGAGUAGUGCUGAUAUCAGCUUCAGCUGGGACUUUGGAGACAGCACUGGAACGCUGAUCUCCAGGGAGCGGACGGUCACGCACACAUACCUUGCAGUCGGGAGCUUCAAACCUCAAGUGGUCCUGAUGGCGAGCAUCCCCAAUGGUUGUGUAAACCCCUCAGCUGGAGUUCCGGUUGCCUCUGCUGUACCGGUUGUAGUUGUGACCCCUGACACUGACCCAGCAGCAGCAGCAGCAGCUGACGAGCCUGUCCCUGAUGCCACUCCAGUGGAAGCCUCUGUGCAGCCGGCCGAAACCACCGCCAACACAGUCGACGCAGAGGCAGCAAUUGAUGCAGGAGCGGAGGAAGUAGUGGCUGUCACAGCAGCCACUGCAGUGAUUGACACAGCCGUUGCUCCAGUAGAACAAGUUCUAGCCCCCACUGCUGCUCCUGCCGCAGAGGUUGAAGUCGCUGCUGAAGAUGCUGCUGCCGGCCAGGUGGCCACCACUGCACCUCUUGAACCCGCAGCUGAAGACGCAGCAGAGGUUGAAACCGCUGCUGUGAACGAAGUAACUGAUGAAGCUGCAGAGAAUGUUCCCGUGGUUGACGUAGCUGCUUCCGAGGCCCCAGUCGCAGUAGGUGUAGCAGCUACAGUCCUCCCGGAGGCCGUUGUCCCUGAAGUCACCGUAGCGGCGGAAGAAGAAGCUGCGGUUGCUGCUGCUGCUGAGGAUGCUGCAGAGGUGGUCCAGACUGAAACAGCAGCCCCCGCUGUUAAUGUUGUAGUCCCCGCAGCCACUGAGAGCGCCACUGUAGAAGAAGCAGAGGCAGCUGAUGCUGAAUUAGAAAUGACUGAGAGUGACAGCGAUGUUGCUGUCGCUACUGCAGCUCCAGCAGCAGAUUAUGAAGCGGUUCUAACCGAAGGGGAAGUCCAAGCUGAAGUGGAAGCAGAUCCGGCACAAGUUGCCCUUGUUGUGGUCAAAAGACAAGCACCAGAAGUUUCGGCAGCAUGCAUGGUCUACCGUUACGGCUCCCUCGUCACCUCUGUCGAUGUUGUCCAGGGUAUUGAGAGUGUUGAGAUUGUACAGAUUUCCAAUGUUGUGUUGCUGGCAACUGAGCUGGAUCAGAAUGCCGUGGAUGUCACCGUUAGCUGUCAAGGAAGUUUACCAAGUGAGGUCUGCACAGUCGUUUCGGAUGCUGAGUGUAUCACCCCAGUGGAAACUGUCUGCAGCGUGGCCACGCCCUCUCCUGACUGCCAAAUGGUCCUUCGCCAGUUCUUCAAUGAGUCUGGUGUUUUCUGUCUCAAUGUCUCCUUGACUAAUGAUGUCAGUCUUGCCAUGGCAAGUGCUCAUGUCAUCGUGGCAGUAGCCUCGGGUGGUUCCCCAGCUGGAACUGCUGCCAUAAUCAUUGGUGUGUUGGUUCUUGCCUGUGUGGUUUGCUGUAUUGGUUUGAUGUACAGGCGAGUCAAGCUGUACCAGCCACUGAGAGAAGACAGUGAUGGCGGCAGCUCCGCAGUUACGUCAGUGCCAUUGUUGUUGUGGAAGAUGCUGAUGCGACAGUCGCCUGGAGAGAGCCGUCCACUGCUUCAGGGGAGGAUUGUGUGAAUAUGAACACCACAGUGUACUAAAUAUCCGAUUAAAAAACUCUACAACAUUUAUCUAUAUACUCUAUGAUCGUCUUGAAAUAAACAAGAGAGCAAAGCUCGACACGAAGAUGAGAAAAACCUAAACAAUUUUAGUGUCUGGGAUAUUUAUUUUGCCUUAUAUAUUUGUGUAAACUGGCCAUAAUUGUUGACCUUAUUUUAUAUAUAACCUAAAUAGGAAAAUCAAGGUUUGCUAAUUUGCUUCCAAAUCUAAGAACUUCUCCCAUAUCACAGAGCACCAGUGUUCUAAUGUGAAUAAAAUGCUAUUUUAUCCCUUUAA